AUGACAAGCGACAGCAAAGUCUGUACGGCCUGUGGAAGCCCCUCCAAGUUGCGCUGCCCGACAUGUAUGAAGCUCAACAUCGUCGACGGCUCUCACUUCUGCAGUCAGGACUGCUUCAAGGCGAGUUGGGGAACCCAUAAAGCCAUCCACCAAACGGCCGCAGCUGCCGUAUCUAAUGGGACGGUGAAUGUCUUCAAUCCAUGGCCGUCUUUCCGCUACACCGGGAAAAUGCGCCCUGUCUACCCGCUGUCGCCGACCCGCUCAGUUCCCGACAAUAUCCCGAAACCGGACUAUGCAGCCGAUGGGAAACCUUGGAGUGAGCUGGCGCUCAAAGGGAGCACGCAAAUAGAAGUUCUGACCCCUGACGAGAUCGAGAAGAUGCGGGUUGCUUGCAGGAUAUCGAGGGAAGUUCUCAACGAGGGUAGAAAGGCAGUCAAGGUUGGAGCAACGACGGACGAAAUCGACCGUGUUGUGCACGAGGCUUGCAUUGAACGAGGAGCAUAUCCCUCUCCUCUCAACUACUAUGGCUUCCCCAAAUCGUGCUGCACAUCCGUCAACGAAGUGAUUUGCCACGGUAUCCCGGACCGGUACGAAAUUCAGGAUGGAGAUAUCGUCAACUUGGAUGUGUCCUGCAUGUACGAUGGGUUCCAUGGCGAUUUGAACGAGACCUACUGUGUCGGCAAUGUGGAUGACAGGGGACGACAGCUCGUUGCUAACACGAGAGCGUGUUUAGAUAAGGCUAUUGCUGCUGUGAAGCCUGGCGUGCUCUACCGUGACAUGGGCAACAUCAUCCAAAAGGUUGCUCAGGCCGAAGGCUUCUCCGUCGUCCGUGCCUACUGCGGUCAUGGAAUCCACCGAUACUUCCACACUACCCCGAACGUGCCACAUUAUGCCAAAAACAAGGCUGUGGGAGUCAUGAAGCCUGGACAUACGUUCACGAUCGAGCCCAUGAUCUCGGAAGGGACAUGGCACGACGAGCAGUGGCCAGACAGUUGGACGGCCGUCACAAAGGACGGGAAGCGAUCCGCACAAUUCGAGGAGACGCUUCUCGUGACUGAGACGGGUUGCGAGCUCCUUACGGGUGACUUUACGAAAUAG